CACUGUUGAACAUGGCUUCCUAAUUACUCUUUGGAUUAGAAAAAGUUCUUGAAACGUUAACCUCCCUCAGUAUAAGAGAAGUUUCAGUUAGGUGAUUAAAUGAAUAGGUGAGUUUACAGUAAGCAAAGUUAGACUAACCGUCAUAGAAGAUCUUAUGGGUUGUAUGGAAUGAGUUUCUUCCAGUGUUUUCAUACCCAACCCAAUGAACUAAGACAGUCUUUAAGCAUCUCCAAAAGCAUGGGGAACAUAACUUCCAGUUUUGUUCAACCAUACAGGUCUCCAGCAAGACAAAUGUUCUCUUUAAAGAUGAAGCAUCUACAUGUCCUUCAGAUGGUGCGAAGUGCGAACAUCUACCAGUAUAUACAGUGGAUGUUAAGCAGGAGUCAAUCAAAUGCAUUAGGGAAUUUUGGAAACUCUAGACAAACAUUUAAAAAGACUAGAGUACAAGAGCUAGAAAUGGCUGAUCUCACAUUACACAAAAAAAAAAAAAAAUCAUAUCCAGUAUUGAUACUCAAAUAACUUAAAGAGGUAAGGAUUAACCUCAGCACGGGCAGCACCGAUGUCCUUAAGAUAAAAGGGUAAUCAAGAAGGGCUUGAUGAUCAUAAUGCAGCUAGCAAUAGGAAACAGAGGCGCGUGAGUGACAUUAAAAAUUGCAACCAAGAUAUGAAACAAAAUUGCAACAGAGGCGCGUGAAGAACUAAUCUCUAUUAAAACGCGGCGUUUUAAUAUAAAGAACCUCUCUAGCUCUAUUAAAACGCGGCGUUUAGAGUCCCACUACGUUACGUAGCUUCUAUGCCACUUAAUGAACUAGCUUCUUCCGUCGUCGAGCUUACACGGAGAUGCGUUUCAACCACCGCACUAAAACGGGCGCGUCAGGUCCACGCUCUCAUCCUCACCGCGGGGGCAGCUCACGACUCCCCGUACGCAAGCAACAACCUCAUCUCGAUGUACGCGAGGUGCGACUCUCUAGAACAAGCGCGGAAGGUGUUCGACACAAUGCCUCACAGAAACGUGGUUUCUUACAACGCGCUUUGUUCAGCGUAUUCCCGGAGCCAAAGCCACGCAAGUUACGCUUUUGAUCUGAUAACCCGUAUGGCGUCCGAGUCCUUGAAGCCUAACAGCUCGACUUUCACUAGCUUAGUGCAGGUCUGUACUUUGCUUGAGGAUGUUGUAAUGGGAUCGUUGUUACAUUCUCAGAUCAUAAAGCUUGGAUUUUUAGACAAUGUGGUUGUCCAGACAUCGGUUUUGGGGAUGUACUCCAGCUGCGGGGAGUUAGAAUCUGCGAGGAAAGUCUUUGAGUGUGUAGAGGGUGGAGAUGCGGUGGUUUGGAACACGAUGAUAUCUGGGAGGUUGAGAAAUGGUGAGAUAGAAGAAGGGCUUGCGCUGUUUAGAACCAUGUUGAUGUCUGGUGUUGUUCCAACGCAGUUCACGUAUUCGAUGGUGCUCAAUGCUUGUAGUAAGCUGGGAAGCUAUUCAUUAGGGAAACUAACCCAUGCCCGGAUAAUAGUCUCGGAUGGUUUGGCUGAUUCAGUUGUUGAAAAUGCACUUCUUGACAUGUAUUGCAGUUGUGGGGAUGUGAAGGAAGCGCUCUUUGUGUUUGAGAGGAUUCAUAACCCAAAUUUGGUUGCAUGGAACUCGAUUAUCUCGGGUUGUUCAGAGAAUGGAUUUGGAGAGGAAGCGAUUCUUAUGUAUGGAAGGUUACAGAGGAGGUUCACACCGAGGCCGGAUGAAUAUACUCUCUCUGCUGUUAUAUGUGCGACAGGGGAAACAGAGUGGUUCAUUCAUGGAAAGCUUCUCCAUGGACAGGUAAUGAAACUAGGAUAUGAAAGGAGUGUUUUUGUUGGAACAACGCUCUUGUCUAUGUACUUCAAGAACGGGGAAGCUGAAUCUGCUCAGAAGGUGUUUGACGUGAUUAGAGAGAGGGAUAUUGUUCUGUGGACUGAGAUGAUAGUAGGGCAAUCGAGAGUAGGAAACAGCGAGUGUGCUGUCCAACUCUUCGUUGAAAUGUACAGAGAAAAAAAUAGCACUGAUGGUUUUUCCCUGAGCAGUGUCUUGGGAGCGUGUUCAGAUAUGGCAUCGCUAAGACAAGGUGAAGUGUUCCAUUCCCUUACCGUGAAGACAGGAUUUGAUAGUGUUAUGUCGGUAUGUGGAGCCUUAGUAGACAUGUAUGGGAAAACUGGAAAAUACAGUGCUGCAGAAUCAGUAUUCUCUCUUGUUUCGAAUCCAGAUUUGAAAUGUUGGAACUCAAUGCUAGGAGCUUAUAGUCAGCAUGGAAUGUUAGAAAAGGCUCUGAGUUUCUUUGAACAGAUCCUACAAAACGGUCUCACCCCUGAUGCAGUAACGUACUUAUCUCUAUUAGUAGCCUGCAGCAACAGCGGAUCAACUCAGCAAGGUAAGUUCCUGUGGAACCAAAUGAAGGAGAGAGGCAUCAAAGCCGGAUUUAAGCACUAUUCUUGCAUGGUGAAUUUGGUAUCUAAAGCUGGGUUAGUAGACGAAGCACUGGAACUGAUACAAGAAUCUCAUCCUGUAAACAACAACCAAACAGAGCUCUGGAGAACUCUGUUAAGCGCAUGUGUCAACACAAGAAACUUGCAGAUGGGACUAUACGCAGGUGAGCAGAUCCUGAGACUUGAUCCAGAAGACACUGCAACAUACAUACUACUAUCGAAUCUUUAUGCGGUGAAAGGGAGAUGGGAGGAUGUUGCAGAGAUGAGAAGGAAGAUUAGAGGAUUAGCUUCUGCUAAAGAUCCAGGAUUGAGCUGGAUUGAAGUGAACAAUAACAGUACUCAAGUUUUUUCCUCUGGGGAUCAGUCUAACACAGAAGUAAUACAAGUGCAAGAUGAAUUACAUAGGUUAAAGAGUAAUAUGUUGUGUAGAUCAUCAUCACCAUCCAUUGAUCAAGAUCAAUUCCUUAUAGAACCUGACUGUUCCCAUUAA